AGUGACAACCAGGUUACCCAACAUAAACAACAAUUUGUUUUGCAAGUAAUCAUGGCAUCAGAGCGGUAUAGUUUUUCUUUAACAACUUUCAGCCCGUCUGGGAAAUUGGUGCAAAUUGAAUACGCUUUAGCUGCAGUGGCCGCUGGAGCACCUUCAGUGGGUAUUAAAGCAUCUAAUGGUGUUGUGAUUGCUACUGAGAACAAACACAAAUCUAUCUUAUACGAUGAACACAGUGUUCAUAAAGUGGAAAUGGUGACGAAACACAUUGGCAUGAUCUACUCGGGGAUGGGUCCGGAUUAUCGGCUGCUGGUCAAGCAAGCAAGGAAAAUGGCCCAGAAGUAUUUUCUUACUUAUCGUGAACCUAUACCAACAGUACAACUUGUGCAACGAGUAGCUGCUGUAAUGCAAGAGUACACACAGUCUGGAGGUGUUCGACCAUUUGGAGUGUCACUGUUGAUCUGUGGGUGGGAUAGUGGCAGACCGUACUUGUUUCAGUGUGAUCCUUCAGGGGCUUACUUUGCAUGGAAGGCUACUGCCAUGGGCAAGAAUUACAUAAAUGGGAAGACUUUUCUGGAAAAAAGAUACAGUGAAGAUUUAGAAUUAGAUGAUGCCGUUCACACUGCUAUUUUAACGCUAAAGGAGAGUUUUGAGGGGCAAAUGACGGCGGACAAUAUUGAGGUUGGGAUUUGUGAUGAGUCAGGAUUUAGAAGAUUGGAACCUUCUCAUGUUAAAGAUUAUCUUGCAAAUAUACCUUAGUUUUGUACACACAACUUACCACAAGAAUUUUUUUAAAACGUGUAAAAUUACACCUACACUUGCUUUUGGAUAAAUAAAAUACUUGAAAAGUUAGUAGUAA